AUGACUAUGCGCAUGGGUAAUUACUUACGUGUAAUUGUACUCUGUCUGACUGGAUUGAAUUUUAUCAUUUUAUAUAAACCGGUGUCGAUUCCAGAAAUGUUACCAGUGAUGAAGAACUUUAAAUCAAAUAUAACUAUGUACAGUCUAAAACAGAAUAUGGAAUUCGAGCAAGGCAGCAAAUGUUCAUGUCUAGAACCAACUAUUAGGUCUCUUGACAUGAACACUCGCCACAGACAGAAAAGAGAAUAUAUGGAAUGGGAGAGACAAGAAAACAAAAUGGCUGAACCAAUGACACUGUGUCCAGCUAUGUCCCCUAUACGAUACCUGGGAUCUGGAAUAACUGUCGAGCCUCUAAGCUCCGUUCGUGUUGUUGGUAUCGAAGUAGACUCUGUGCUGAAAGCAAGUAAACACUUGAGAAUAACACUAACUUCCAGAAAUUCAUUAGGACACAUUUAUGUAGAGCCUUUCACAAUGACAGAUUUACUGCAUAUAGAAGGCAAUAACAGUGGUCAGAUUUCAAUGCAGACAGAAAAUAUUGACCAAAUAAAUAGCGCCCUCUCACACUUAAUAUACACAGGUCAGCAACACCAUAUAAGGCAGAGAGAUUACAUUGACGUUUCCAUGCAUAAUUUUCAUAUCGUCAUUAAUAUUGUGAUCCAGAGAAGUCAUGUACCCAGACUUUAUGAUCCAGGACCUUAUAAUAACAUCAGUGGCAAAGUCACUAUUGUAUCCAAGACAUUUGAACGAUAUGAGUGUGUUAAGCGCCUUAUUUCAAGUGUCAGAACAUUCUAUCCCAACAUAAAAAUAAUAAUAGCCGAUGAUUCUUGUAAGAAACAAAAACUUGAUGGAAACAAUGUUAAACAUUUUCUGAUGCCGUUUUUAGAAGGUUAUAAUGCAGGAAAGAAUUUAUUGGUCAGUCAGGUGCGCACAAAGUACUUUCUAUGGGUUGAUGAUGAUUACGUUUUUACCAGUGACACCAUCCUAGAACGUUUUGUAGAGAAACUGGAAUCCCCUACAGCUGAGCUAGACCUAGUGGCUGGACUCAUACUACAUAAAGGAGUAGUCACUGAGACUAUAACAAAGGACGCAUGGUCUCAUGUUGAGUACGCCAAAGGAAAAGACAGUGGAUGUAUCAUGAAAAGAACUACAACAAUUAAAACACUCAAGGAAUUUCCAAAUUGUAAACUGAAAGACAUGGUUACAAACUUCUUCAUGGCAAAGACUGAGGCAGUUCGAAAGGUCGGGUUUGAUUUAACGUUUGAAAGAUUUGCUCAUCGAGAGUUUUUUGUAGAUGCUCUCGGAUAUUUACGAAUCGCUCAAUGUGAUGAUGUUAUCAUCCUGCACAGACGGGAGGCAGACCAUCGUUACAGUGUUUAUAGGCACAUGAAACAUGAUACUAUAAGUAUAGACAAAUAUGCAAAACGCAUAUUAUUUAAAAAUAACCUUCAAUGUUUUCAGUCCUGGGAAAAGAUUUUUCUUCUAUCCAAAAAUAACAAUGAAUAA